UUGCGUGCGUUUGCUUAGGUUGUUUUAUUAAAUUAUUAAUUAUUUUAUAAUAUAUUUAAAACGAAUACGACAACAUUAGAAUUAUAUCCAUGACUUUGUUGUCAAUAAUGUAAUAGUAUUGAAAAUAAAUCCAAAAUGGCGAGUAAACAACAGCAAGGAUCUUCGAUAACCGCGCAGAAUCAGCUAGUACAAUGGAUAAACGAAGCUGGCAUGUCAGAGGGCAAGAAGAAGGCGGGUCUUGUAAGAAAAAUCAUAGAGGUUCUAUUGCAUCAAGUACCUCAAAUGGUACCGGUGUAUAUGGAAAACAUCCUAAGUUAUAUGAGCGAUAAGUCUCCCGAGGUGAAAAAAUUGGUUGUUGGGUUCAUUGAGGAGCUGAGCAAGUCACAUCAAAACUGUCUGCCUAAAAUUAUAACUCAGCUGCAAUUGUUAGUAAUUGAUCCAACCAUUGCUGUACAGAAGAGAGCGAUGCAAGCAGCCUGCUUGGUGUAUAGAAAUAUUUUGUUGUGGAUUUAUAAAAACACACCCGAUGUCUCAGAUAUGCAGUACGUAUGGGAGCAGCUUGCUAAACUGAAGCUCCUAAUAUUAAACUUAAUAGACAGUGAAAAUGAGGGUAUACGAACAUUCUCAAUAAAGUUCCUUGAAGAAAUGGUCAUUCUGCAAAGUGCCAGUCCUACCAAGGAUGCAGAUGAUAUGUUCUGUCUUGACCGUUUGCCCACAAACUUACCUUUUGUCAAAAGGAAAACUAUGGAGGAGGAAUCUGAGCAUGUCUUUAAACUACUACUCAAAUUUCACAACUCUCAGCAUAUAUCAAGCAAUAACCUAAUGGCGUGCAUGACCACCUUGUGUAUAAUUGCCAAAAUGAGGCCCAAGUAUUUGGCAAGUGUUGUCCAAGCUCUGGGAGACCUCCAUACAACACUACCGCCAACAUUAUCACAAUCUCAAGUAAACUCUGUCCGCAAACACUUAAAGAUGCAACUGUUAAUAUUGGUGAAGCAUCCAGCCGCCGGGGAUUCCAUGUCUCAGCUAACACAAUUGCUCCUUGAUAUAGGAAUGACUCCGCAAGAAAUAAACAAAGUGUUGCCCAAAGAAAGAAGGAACAAGCGGUUGGGUGAAAUUAAAAAUGGCGACACUCCGGCGAAACGAGUAAGAAUAGAUUCCCCACAAAGUGCACCUGAGAGUGACAGUAAUAGCAAUAGUCGAAGUGACUUCAACCUAUUUGACGAAGAUAGUAACCAACCAAUUUUACCAGUUGUAAUAACAAAGGCAACUGCAACAGAAGACACAGUAUUUGAUGGACUCAAUAACGUAGAAAACGUUGUUAAUCUGGUUAUGUCAACUCUGAUUAAUAAUUUACCGACCCAUAUGCCUGAUAGUUUUAUGACUGAAUACAAACCUAUACCUAAUUCUGGAAGUGCUGUACAAAAGAGAAGUCUAGCGAAUAUGGUUCUCGCGGUAAUCAAAAACGAAAUGCCACCACCAAUUCCUAAUGUUAAAAUUGCUCCACCGAUGUUUGGUUCUGAAGAUAAAAUACCUUUGCUACGUGAUGAUGAAGAAAAAUUAACUCUUAAAAACGCUGUAGCGAAACUCCAAGAAUCUACCAAAGCGGAUAAACAAAUGGAAAAUGCAGUAUCGAAACUCAUGGAGGAAACUAGACAGGAACACCUGAAAGAGGAGGAAAGGAAGACUAAAGAUAAAGAAAAAUUGAUUCCUCCUCCAACACCAACAGUACCCAAGCUAAAACAAAAAGUGAAGUUACUAAAAUUGCAGGAGCUAACUCGUCCUAUACCAAAGGAAAUUAAAGAAAAGUUGGUCUUACAGGCAGUUGAUAGAAUUUUGAGAGCAGAGAAAGAGAGUAUAAUAGGCGGUGCUACUCAGAUUCGUGCGAAAUUCAUAACGAUUUUCGCAUCAAGCUAUACUCCGGAAAUAAGAGAAUUAGUACUCAAUUACGUAUUAGAAGACCCACUUAAUAGAAUCGAUUUGGCUUUAUCCUGGUUGUAUGAAGAAUAUGCAUUCAUGCAAGGCUUUAACAGACACCCAGUGACUCUGCAGCCAAAAUUACACGAGAAACACGAUGAGAAUUACAAUCAGUUGAUAUGCGCGUUGAUAACGCAAGUAGCAGAAAGAGGUGACCCUUUAAUGGAAGCGAGUAAAGAUGUUCUCUUGAGGAAGAUUUAUCUAGAAGCUCCCGUAGUGACAGAUGAGGCGGUGGAAUAUUUGAAGCAUUUGGUCACGGAGGACAAGUCGGCAUUGUUAGCUAUGGAGAUGUUGGAAGAAUUGUGUAUCAUGCGACCGCCAAGAUCUCACAAAUAUGUGGCGGCACUAGUUUGUCACGUGUUGAGCGAAAACGAAGAGAUUCGAGAAUUGGCACUCAAAACGUCAAUUAAAAUCUACAAAAGGAGCACAGAGGCUACAAGGAAAGUCAUAGAGAAGCAUGCUCUGCUGUACCUAGGCUUCAUAUCGUUGUCAACUCCACCGCAGGAGCUUUUUGGGAACAGACCAAUGAACAGGAUAUGGACCGAUGACCUUUUUAAGCUGUGUUUAAAUCUUGUGAUGCUGUUGUUCCCGGAAAAAGAAGAAAUAAUAAUCGAAAUAGCGCGCGUGUACGGGUGCGCGGACGCAGAGGCUAAACGUUGCGUGUUGCGUCAAUUGGAGGGACCCAUAAAGGCUGCUCUCAACCAGCCGCUCCCGACCUCGGAGGAUACCGACCCGAAGCCCGGCGAGCUUCGACCCGCCUUCGAAGCCUUGCUGGACGAAUGCCCACGUGGUGCCGAGACUCUGUUGACCAAAUUCGUCCAUAUUUUAACUGAAAAGGCGCCCCCUAGUCCGGAGUUAGUGUCCAAGGUGCGCGAGCUGUAUGCUACGCGUAUAUCCGACGUGCGUUUCCUCGUGCCAGUACUUAAUGGACUAUCGAAGAAGGAAAUAUUUGCUGCUUUACCGAAAUUGAUAAAACUCAACCCGCCGGUAGUGAAAGAAGUGUUCAACAAACUCCUCGGUCUGCAGGGUCACGACGAACAGUGUCCAGAUUUUUUCGUAUAUUACAUUCCAGCUAGAGUUUGUGAGUACAACUUUUUUUUAUUAAUUUAUGAUAAAUAUCUUGUAAAUGAAAUCUGUGAACCUAACAUGUGAAUCUUGAAAGAAAAUAGACAAAUGUCAAGUAUCAGCAAUACAUAAUCAUAUUAUUAGAUCAUCAUUUGCCUGGUAGAAGAGCUGUGAUAGUCCAGUGGAUGUGACCUCUGCCACCCUAUUCCGGAGGGUGUGGGUUCGAAUCCAAUCCGGGGCAUGCACCUCCAACUUUUUAGUCGUGUGCAUUUUAAGAAAUUAAAUAUCCCGUGUCUCAAACGGUGAAGGUAAAACAUCGUGAGGAAACCUGCAUACCAGCGAAUUUUCUUAAUUCUCUGCGUGUGUGAAGUCUGCCAAUUCGCAUUGGGCCAUCGUGGUGGACUAUUGGCCUCAUCUCAUUCUGAGAUGAGACUCGAGCUCAGCAGUGAGCCGAAAAUGGGAUGCUAAUGAUGAUGCUUUGUAGCUAAGCAAAAGUGUCUUGAUAAACAGGUUUAUAUGUCAAACGUCUCCCUCUGUAUUUUUAAAUAAAAUUUGAAAAAAUACAUGAUUUUUAAAUUAAGUUAAUAAAAAUCCUUCCUCCUCCUCCUCCUUAUCAGCCGAUAGAUGUCCACUGCUGGACCUCUUGCACCUUGGGACCCCAAACCGUCGGCUCUUCGAACUAUGUGCCCCGCCCAUUGCCACUUCAGCUUCGCGACUCGCUGAGUUAUGCCAGUGACUUUGGUUCGUCUGCGAAAAGAAGAAAUCCUUAUUCCAUGUACUAUGCGAAAUGAUUAUUGUUUAUAUUAAAGGACGUGUCCCAAUUUUGUAUGGCGGCUGGGCCUUUAUUUCGAGUGGUAACUAAGCAGAACAAUUUAUUUUUAUCUUAAAAGAACAUAAGGCUCAAAACCCAAAAUAAAAAAAAUUUUGGAACCUGCUUUUUUUUUUUAUUUAAUUAAAUAAAAUGUAUUUUUUUUCAUUUGCUGACAACAUUAUUGAGAAUUUUUAUCAUGGCAACAUGCUUGUAAUUCACACCCUGACAGAGUGUCAGUAAUCUUUGCGUUCGUUUAUGGCGUUUUUAAAUCAAUUUAAGGACCUUUUUUGUUUAAUGCUUCUCUGUCUACGAUUUAACUUGUGUUUUAUUGACAUUUGACAAUAUUACAUGACAUUGACAGCUUACACCGGAUAUGAAUUCAAUUCCAGGUGUUUUAAUUGGCUGUUUUGUACACUUUUACUGUAUUGUCUAUGUUUAAUUUGUAGACAAGGGAGCGAAACGAAAAAAAAAAUAUCUAAUUAAUGCGGGUUCCAAAAAUUCUGAAAAUUAUUUUCUUAUCAGCAAUUCGUAUCUUCUAUACGUAAAAAAUACUAUCGACCUGGUUAUAAAUUAUAAAUAAUAAAGGCCCAUUUUGGGACAUGUCCUUUGAUAUGAGUAAGGGUUUUACUUGUAUGCCACAUUAUAAAAAAAUUAA